AUGUUGGUAAAUAAAAAAUAUUGUAAGACCCGGGGCGCGCAGGGGCACAGCCUGGACCAGGCCGGAGAUCUAGACCGAGGUCGCUGCUCACCGGUCGCCUGGGGCUGGGCGGUUUUGUUUUCGCCCCCGCGUGGUGCAGCGACGAAGGCAGUAAGAUGUGCACUAGGACCCCCUUUGCCAACCGUGAAUGAAGGAGACACUGAAAACCACACCUCACAUGGAGAUGGGCAACAAGAAGUCACCUCCCGCACUGGGCGCUCUGGAGCUCGGUGUAGAAGCGCCACAGCUUCCUGUGCUGAUGAGCAGCCUCACAUCGGAAACUACAGACUGUUGAAAACGAUCGGCAAGGGGAACUUUGCAAAAGUGAGAUUGGCACGACACAUCCUUACAGGCAGAGAGGAUGCAAUAAAAAUAAUUGACAAAACUCAGUUGAAUCCAACAAGUCUACAAAAGCUCUUCAGAGAAGUAAGAAUAAUGAAGAUUUUAAAUCAUCCAAACAUAGUGAAGUUGUUCGAAGUCAUUGAAACUGAAAAAACACUACUUAAUCAUGGAUAUGCAAAUGGAGGUGAAGUAUUUGCCUGUUUGGUUGCACAUGGAAGAAUGAAGGAAAAAGAAGCAAGAGCUAAAUUUAGACAGGCAUAA